CGAAGUAAAACCACAUCUGAGUAUAACAAUCUCGCGUCUGGUUUAUCAUUUACACUUAUACUUACUCCACCACCACGAUCCAAAUGACUGCACGUUCUUCUCUAGUCACCCUCACCACCUACACUUACGGCUUAUUUUAGCAUUCAUUAGUUGACAAAAAAAAUCAAAAUUAAAUCUGAAAGAAGAAGAAGAAACAGAGAAAAACCAGACAGAGUUUAGUUCAGGGUUCAGAGAAGAAGCAGAAGAAGAGGAAUAAUGGGAGUGGACUACUACAAUAUGCUGAAAGUGAGUAGAAAUGCAAGUGAUGAGAAUCUAAAAAAAGCAUACAGAAGAUUAGCAAUGAGAUGGCAUCCAGAUAAAAACCCUAACAACAAAAAGGAAGCUGAAUCUAAAUUCAAACAGAUCUCACAAGCUUAUGAUGUUCUCAGUGAUCCACAGAAACGUCAGAUCUAUGAUUUAUACGGUGCUGAUGCUUUGUUAUCUGGUGAUAUUCCAGAAAAUUACAGUACAACUGCUCCUCCUCCUGCUCCGCCUUCUUCUUCUAGUAGUUCUAAUCGUUAUUAUCAUCAUUCACAACAACAGCGACAUCAUCCGACGGCUAAUGCUGCUACUCCACCGCCGCCGCCGCCGGCUUCUUCUUCUUCGAGUCGUAAUCAGAAUUCAACUUAUCAACCUAGAGAUCCUGAUGAGAUCUAUAAUGAGUUCUUUGGAGGACCUGAUGGUAAUAGUAAGACAAAGAGUUCGAAGAAAGCUCCGGUGCUUGAGAAUAAAUUGCCCUGUAAAUUGGAAGAUCUUUAUUUAGGAGCCAAGAGGAAAGUUAAGAUUUCUAAAUCUGUUUUGGAUGAAUCCGGCAAGCCAGUGAUCAAGGAGGAGGUAUUGACAAUUGAUAUCACACCUGGUUGGAAGAAAGGGACGAAGAUCACUUUCCCCGAGAAAGGUCAUCAGGCAUCUCGUGGUGUUGCUCCAGGAGAUCUUACUUUCGUGAUAGAUGAGAGGCCGCAUGCACUUUACAAGAGAGAUGGGAACGAUCUCUUAGUCAACCAACGGAUAUCAUUACUUGAAGCCCUCACUGGGAAGACGCUUAGCUUCACUAGCCUAGACGGAAGAAAUCUACAUUAUCAAGUAACAGAUAUUGUUAAACCUGGCUAUGAGAUGGUGAUCCCAAAUGAAGGAAUGCCAAUAUCAAAGGAACCUGGGAAGAAAGGAAAUCUUAGAGUGAAGUUUGAUGUGAAGUUCCCAGCAAUUCUCACACCAGAACAGAAGUCCAGUCUAAAGAGAGUGUUGGCUGGAUGAUGAUUGAGACUUGAUUUUUUUGGGGAGGGCAACACUAUCAAAUCAUACAGUUAGUAGAUGACGCAGGUGAUUGCAGAUGUAAAUAAUGUUACAAAAAUCAAUUGUGAAUAUUUAAGAACAAGGUUUUGAAUUGUCGCCUCCCCUGUGGACAAUUCAAUUGUUUCUCUUCAAUUCUUUUGGAAAGUCUUUGUUUCACCUCCUAAUCGUAAUUAUGAACCACCAAUAUUAAUGUUAAUUUCUAACAAGGUGGAGUUGAAGUUA